AUGUCGACUCAAACUACCCACCAUGUAUCUUCUACCGACACGGGUCUUCUCCUGCAAUUUCUUGGAAUUCUGAGCAUCUUGUUUGCCAUCAUAACGAUCUUUGACCCGCAAUGGUGGCUACUGGCCACCCUGCCACUGACACUCAUCGGACUGACACUCCUGCUUCUUCCACGUAGACCRGGGUUCCAGAAGCUCAUAGAAGCCCUUGACCCAGCAUACCGAAGAAGGCUGUGCGUUCGGGACCCAAUCGGCGGGAAAGGAAAUCGGAGAUGA